AUUUAUACUGUGCGGGUACUAGUAAAGAAUCCACCCUAAUAUAUCAGCACGACUGAUCUUACUAUUUCUGCGCCUUUUGUACAUUAUGCGGAUAACUGACAUCUUCUUUCACUGCACAAAAUCUGAACUCGAUGUAAAUAAUUGUAUUAAAAUUUUUCUGGUCCAGACGCAGGAGAACCUUUUCCGGUAUAAAGCCCACCUUCCUCCAACCUUGCGCGUGCUCAGUGUGCGCUGCUGCUUUGCUCCGCUUUUGUGCGUCUCAGACUUCUAUCUCCAGGUAAGGGUAUCCUGGAAACUGGGCUACUGUUGGCUAAUGCAGACAAAACCCAGGGGGGUCCCAAGAGCUUUCGGGUUCGUCAACUAAGAAGGGGUGAUCAGCUUCAGCUCAAAAAUUCCCCAUGAUCGAGAGCUGGAGAACACAAAGCAGCUGCUCCCACUCGUGGGGCCCUGAAGAAGGGGAGGAUGACGGGAGAAGACGAGCAACUACAAGCCCCAGCAUGCAGUGCAAAACUGGGCUCCUGGGAAGAGGUCCGCGGUUCAGCGCGGGCCGAGUGAGAGAUGCUGACUGUCGGCCGAGCCGAAUGCUCAGAAGGAGGAAGACAGAAGGGGCGCUGUGAGUGAGCCCUUAGCCCUCGCGCCCAUGAUGCCUGCUGUUUCCGUGGGCCCCAGGCAUGCCAGCGCGGGGGGUCUCCAUGGGCCAGGCUGUUUCGCCCAGGCCCGCGUCGGACCUUCACGGUCCUAGAGCCUCCUGCGUUGCCACGGGACGCCCGGAGCCGGAGGUGACGUCGCCGUGGAGGAAGAAGGGAGAGGCGGAGCGUGGCGCGGUGACGUCCUUCCAAGAUGGCGGAGAGAGAGUGAAGAAACUGUGUACCCCUUUGGGUUGUUAUAGAACAAGGGUAAAAUUCCAUUCUGAUAUCAAAAUGCAGUAUUCGCACCACUGUGAGCACCUUUUAGAGAGACUGAACAAACAACGGGAAGCAGGUUUUCUUUGUGACUGCACCGUAGUGAUUGGGGAAUUCCAGUUUAAAGCUCAUAGGAAUGUGCUUGCCUCGUUCAGUGAGUAUUUUGGUGCGAUCUACAGAAGCACUUCUGAGAACAAUGUCUUUCUUGAUCAGAGUCAGGUGAAGGCUGAUGGAUUUCAGAAACUGUUGGAAUUUAUAUACACAGGAACUUUAAAUCUUGACAGUUGGAAUGUUAAAGAAAUUCAUCAGGCUGCUGACUAUCUCAAAGUGGAAGAGGUGGUCACUAAAUGUAAAAUAAAGAUGGAAGAUUUUGCUUUUAUUGCUAAUCCCUCUUCUACAGAGAUAUCUAGUAUUACUGGAAACAUUGAAUUGAAUCAACAGACUUGUCUUCUUACUCUACGAGAUUAUAAUAGUCGGGAGAAAUCAGAAGCGUCUUCAGAUUUAGUUCAGGCAAAUCCUAAACAAGGAGCUUUAGCAAAGAGGUCAUCUCAAACUAAAAAAAAGAAGAAGGCCUUCAACUCCCAGAAAACAGGACAGAACAAAACAGUGCAAUAUCCCAGUGACAUUUUAGAAAAUGCAUCAGUUGAAUUAUUCCUAGAUGCAAAUAAAUUGUCUACACCUGGAAUAGAACAAGUUGCACCAAGAAAUGAUAAUUCAGAACUUGAGUUGACAUCAGUUGUGGAAAAUACUUUUCCAACACAAGAUAGUGUGCAAACUGUUACAGUAAAACGGAAGCGUGGAAAAUCACAGCCAAACUGUGCUCUCAAAGAACACUCUAUGUCUAAUAUCGCCAGUGUCAAGAACUCUUAUGAGCUGGAGAGCUCUGGGGAAGAGCUGGAUCAGAGAUAUUCCAAAGCCAAGCCAAUGUGUAACACAUGUGGGAAAGUGUUUUCAGAAGCCAGCAGCUUGAGAAGGCACAUGAGAAUACAUAAAGGAGUCAAACCUUAUGUCUGCCACUUGUGUGGGAAGGCAUUUACCCAGUGUAACCAGCUGAAAACACAUGUAAGAACUCAUACAGGUGAGAAGCCAUACAAAUGUGAAUUGUGUGAUAAAGGAUUUGCUCAAAAAUGCCAGCUGGUCUUCCAUAGUCGCAUGCAUCAUGGUGAGGAGAAACCCUAUAAAUGUGAUGUAUGCAAUUUACAAUUUGCAACUUCUAGCAAUCUCAAGAUUCAUGCAAGGAAGCAUAGUGGAGAGAAACCAUAUGUCUGUGAUAGGUGUGGACAGAGAUUUGCCCAAGCCAGCACAUUGACCUAUCAUGUUCGAAGGCAUACUGGAGAAAAGCCUUACGUGUGUGAUACCUGUGGGAAGGCAUUUGCUGUCUCUAGUUCUCUUAUCACUCAUUCUCGAAAACAUACAGGUGAAAAACCAUACAUAUGUGGUAUUUGUGGGAAAAGUUUUAUUUCCUCAGGAGAGCUCAACAAACACUUUCGAUCCCAUACAGGAGAAAGACCAUUUAUCUGCGAAUUAUGUGGAAAUUCUUACACAGAUAUUAAAAACUUAAAGAAGCACAAAACAAAAGUCCAUUCCGGUGCAGAUAAAAUUCUAGAUUCUAGUAUAGAGGAUCAUCCCUUGAGUGAACAAGAUUCCAUACAAAAAAGUCCAUUAUCAGAAACUUUGGAUGUGAAGCCUUCUGAUAUGACUUUACCACUAGCUCUUCCACUUGGGACUGAGGACCACCACAUGCUUCUGCCUGUCACAGAUAAUCAGUCUCCCACAUCGGAUACGUUGUUGAGGUCAACUGUGAAUGGGUAUUCAGAACCACAAUUGAUUUUUUUACAGCAAUUAUACUGACUUUGUGAGGAUUAUGGAAUUGCUAAGACGUCUCUGGUAGCAAACAUAAACCUCUCUGGUAAGGUGCAUAUGUUCGCAUUAAAUUACCGUUCAUUGGAGCUGUGACCUGAUGCUGCAUCAUAACUGUGCAAUGCUUGUUUUGAUAUUUGGCCUUUAUGUCUAGAUUAUACACACAGCUUUUUAAGGAAUAUACUACAAUAGCACUAUUUUGGGUGGAUAAGUUUUAUUAUUUUUUAGAGCUGCCUUAAUUCCAUUUUUAUUUUGCAUUUUAGAAUUGCCUUUCAUUUACUGAAGUGGAAUCUGUCAGUUUAUAUGAUUCAAUUUUGACCUGUGGGACUUUUAAAUUUUCUUCCUCUCAAAAUUUAAGCAAAAUCCAUGAUAGUCUCAGCCCAAGAGUGUUGUUGUUACUAAGCCCUAUAGACCAACACAUAAACUAUGGAGGAAAAAAUAAAAUUUCAUUUCUGCCUCAGAAAAUCUAAGUACUGAAUAAGAAUUGUGCUGUUUCUCUGUUAAUAUAGUCCAUUGGAGGUCACUUUUCUAAUGAAACAAAAAGUGUUUCUCUUAAAAGCUGGAAAACUGUAUAUAAAUUUUUGUUAAUUUAGAACUUAGUAUUCUGGAGAAAACCAAUGGUCAGUACUUUUGAGUUAUCAGACUACUUUUUAAAAAUGAAUUUUAAAUAGAUAUUUGGCAUUUUUAUCUUCUUAAAAGACAGUUUCAGAAUUUAGGUUAUGUUUUUAAUAGGUUUCUAGAUUACUGGAAAGAAGGAAAAUAUACUGAGUUUUGAAAAUUUUGAUAAGCCUCUCUUAUACCUGUUACGCACUUUUUAAAAUAUUAAAUUCUAAAAAGAAUUUUUUAAAUAUAAAAUUAAUGCAUAGUAUAAGUCACUUGGCUUCUGAAUUUGAUACAUUAUAUUACAUAAAGAGUUAAGAAAUUAACUUCAAUUAUAAGUAAACAUUGGAAAGCCUGUUUAUUAAACAUUUUAUAUUUGAGUUUUCUGUAAGUUUUGUUUUAAAAUUUUAUAAGUUAAAUCACAUUUGAUUGUUAUUGUAGUUUCACAGUAGUCCUCUUCCUUCCUAAUGAAUGUAGAAAAUUCCAGAUUAUUCUGAUAUUUACUACCAUUCUUCCCCACCCCACUUUUCCCACAUAUUGAUUUAUUUUGCUGCCUGAUCUCUGGACGUUAAAUUACCAGUUCCACAAAGUCAGUUCCUAUACUGCUAAUUAAACACUGUGGUGACAUUAUUUCUUAUUUCUGCUGUGCGUUAAUUGUUGCUUAUUUGUUUUCUGGUUUUAAACUACACCUGUAAUAAAGUUAAUGUAUUUUC